UCCAUCGCUUUCGGCAGCGCUUCUCGCACACACCCGAGUCCAUGGAGCGGUACCAGAAGCUAGAGAAGAUCGGUGAAGGCACGUAUGGCGUGGUGUACAAGGCUAAGGACCGCGUGACGGGUGAAGUGAUCGCCCUCAAGAAGAUCCGCCUUGAGGCCGAGGACGAAGGCAUUCCCAGCACGGCCAUCCGCGAGAUCUCGUUGCUUAAGGAACUUCAGCACUGCAACAUUGUGCGCCUGUACAAUAUCGUGCACACGGAACGCAAGCUCACGCUUGUGUUCGAGUACCUGGACCAGGACCUCAAGAAGUAUCUGGACGUCUGCGAGAAGGGGCUAGAGAAGCCCAUUCUCAAGUCCUUCCUGUACCAGCUACUGCGCGGCAUCGCCUACUGUCACCAGCACCGUGUGUUGCAUCGUGAUUUAAAGCCGCAAAACCUGCUGAUCAAUCGUGAGGGAGAGCUCAAGCUUGGAGACUUUGGUCUGGCUCGUGCGUUUGGCAUUCCGGUGAGAAGCUACACGCAUGAGGUUGUGACGCUUUGGUAUCGCGCUCCCGACGUCCUUAUGGGAUCACGGAAAUAUUCAACUCCAGUUGACAUUUGGAGCGUGGGCUGUAUUUUCGCUGAGAUGGCCAACGGAGGUCCGCUAUUCGCUGGCACGUCGGAAGCGGACCAGCUCGACCGCAUCUUCCGCCUGCUGGGCACACCAACUGUCGAGAUUUAUCCAGCCAUUGUUGAUCUCCCGGACUACAGACGGGACUUCCCUGUGUAUCCGGCGCCGGAAAACUUGGCACACCUCGUGCCAACACUGGACGCAGAUGGUGUGGACUUGCUGGAGCAGAUGCUGCAGUACGACCCGGCAAAGCGAAUCACUGCUGCGGAUGCUAUGGUCCACCCGUAUUUUAGCGACCUGUCCCCGGCACUUACUGAGAACCAAUGAAACAUGGAGCGGUAGCGCACAUACACACAAAGGAGACUGGUGAAAUUUGGCAACAUCCUUCUGAAUGAUAAGCUGGUGUGGAUGGUUGCUGUA